AUGUCUCCAGCUGUCAGGGCCACGCCGCUUGCCGAGUUGCUUCUCAAGAUUCGGACACAAGGAGCGCGUCCGGAUCUUCUGCAGGCUUUGAGAGAUCAGCUGAAUGGUCCAGUCCUAGCGGCAGACGAGGCAAUGGUUCUGGCCUCCACCAUGGCCAGUGCAAAGGUGCAGGACCCAAAGAUGUGGCGUGAUGUUUCGACUGCGCUGCGCCGCUGCGACGAGCUGCCAAUGCAGUGGCUCACGAAGCUACCUUGGAAAUUCGCCAGGGCGAGGUGCUUGCAGCCAGAGAUCUUGGAGAUCCUGUCUGCAGAGGUUCAGAGGAACCUUGGCCAUUUCGAUCCGCGUGGCUUGGCUGACCUCACAUGGUCCAUGGCGAAGCUGCAGCAUCGUGACGAAGGAUUGCAGAGGGCCCUGACGCAGAGUCUCAGCGUUCGGAUUGCCGAGCUGGCGCCUGUGGAGCUCGCCAAGGCGACCUGGGCCUUUGCCAAGCUCCACUCUGAGGAUGGAGAAGGACUCUUCGAGAUUCUGGCGGAGGCUGUUGCCAAGUCACUUCCCGAACUCCAACCACGAGGGCUGGCCAACAUCAUCUGGGCCUUCGCAAAGACUGAGGUACGGAACCCGAAGCUGCAACUCAAUCGGCUGGCAGAGUUUUCGAGAAUCGCUGUACCAGGAUUCGCUCCACAAGGUCUGGCCAACACGGUCUGGGCCUUUGCGAAGCUUCGGCUUCGUGCUGACCACGCUCUGUAUACAAGCAUGGCAGAGACCACAAUGCAAAGCUUGGGAGAGUUUUCGCCACAGAACAUAUCUAACUCGCUUUGGGCGUUUGCAAAGGCGCGAUACUACGAGCCAGAGUUGUUUCUGGUAUCAGGGGACCAUGUUUCGGAGAGGCUAUCGGAGUUCAGUAUCCAGGCGGCGGUGAACUCUGUCUGGGCGAUGGCCGAGACAGGUCAUCACGAUCAUCGGCUCUUGCACUGUUUUGCUGAGUAUGCCCUGGGCAGACUUGAGUCUUUCAAGUCCCAAGACUUGUCGAACACCGUGUGGUCGUAUGCUGAGUUGCAGCACUGUGAUCACAGGCUGCUGUCAGCCGUAACAGGAGCGGUGCAGGGUAAUGUGAAAAGUUUGACUGUCCAGCACCUGGUCUGCACCACCUGGGGAUAUGCGAUGAUGUUCGAGCACCGGCGGCACACGAGGCAGAGAAGCAAAGGCUCAGUGGAUCAAGAGCGUCGUUUUGUGCGAGCUCUGACUGACGUGCAGUGGCUUGUGACAUGUGGCGCAGACCGGCUCGUCAUCGUCUGGGAGGCUCAUACCUCCAGGGAGCUGGCCCGCGUUGAACUUCCUGGUGUUGUGCGAUGUGUAGAAUGGGCUGGAGCAGCUCCUGGUGUGAAUGCUUCGGACGUCAGUGAGCGCUUUGUGACUGCACACAAUCGCUUUGGUGCACAUCCCCCUGCAUUGACCGUUUGGCGCUUCGAUGGCAAAUCCAUCCAGGAGCUUCGUGUCAUCUCCAAGCUCCCUUCGGCGGCACUCCAGGUGAGAUGGGGCAGGGCCAACUACUUCAUUGCAAGCGCACACGACAGUGGCGAGCUGAUUUUUUGGCGAGCAGACACUGGUGCUGAAGUGAAGCGGCUGAAGGCUCACGAUGCCGGCAUUUCGAAGUUUGACUUCAAUGAUGACCGCGAGCUUGUGGCUACCGUCUCACACGACAUGAGUGUCUGUAUUUGGGACAUCGGAAAAGGGACCGAGUGGAGGAUGUUGUACAAGGCGCAGACGGACCGGCCGCUGAAUGCCGUGGCCCUGGGACCGCUGUCACAGAAGCAAGCCCUCGGCGCCGCGACCUCAAAGAUUUUCGCUACGCCUGGUGAGCUGGGUUUUCAAAGUCACGGAAGAGUCCGCAGUUGGUCUCCGAGGCUCCAGCUGAGCGUCCAGGGUGUAUUUGCGUGGUCGCCGCUGGUGGCCAGGAUCGCAUGA